AUGACAUGACGACUUGACGACGACUCGUGACAUUUGACCCAAGGACAACAGCACCGGGAAGUGACUUUUAUGCCGACGACGUACACCAGUGCACAGUCGACGGGUUGCUGGGACUAUGGCAUGUUUAUGUUUACCUCGGCGCGGGCGUGGGCUUUGCACAAGGGGCAAACUCUGUGCAAGAAGAUUUGCCGCCGGGGCGCGCUUGUCGCGAUGGCUUCUUGUUUACGCGCGGACUUGGAGACAAACUCAAAUCCGGGGCCCAAGAAGACGCGUGUAUAAAAGUUCGCCCGCGGUGGUCUCUCGCUGGUCCUCCAUCUCCGUCUUUUCAUCCUUUACCAAAACCAAGACGUGCUGCUUUCUGGCCCUCUCUCCUCGUCCGCUCUCACCAUAGCAUCGUCGACGUGUGUAAGAGAGACUGUCACCGCCACCGCAAGUGCAGCACACUCACAUCGCAUACAUUCGGGAAAGAAAAGGCAAGCAUCUUCGUCAUGGUACGCAUCGCGGCUGGAUUGGCUGUGGCGAUGGCAGCCCUCUCGGGCACGCACACGGCUGCGGCCCGGUCCAUUGCGUCGCACAACAACAACAACACCAAGGCCAGCGACGACGACGACAACAACACCACCACCAUCACGCCUCUUGCGCUGCACAAGCCCGCCUCAAACAGCACCGGAGUUGACCCCACGGGAAUGCAAGACGUGCGAGACGCAAUCGCCCGCACCUCCGCCGGCGGUGGCAACAACAAGAAGAAACAAGGCGGCCCCAAGGGCGGCGCGCACGACCACAACGACGACGGCGACGAACUCAUGCCCGGCGUCGACACCAGGGCAGGCCCCGUCGCCGCCCACGGCCAGCUCGUCGACCUCCCGCUGCGCAUGGACGUGCGCUGCCGGUGGAACUACGUGAGCGAGAACAGGGACCUCAAGGUGUACCGGGCAUUCAUGCGACCCGGCCGCGAUAUGCCGGCGCCGCCGGGCGACAAGUGGUGCGACGACGUGCAUAAGCAGCUGGAGCGGCGGUGCGGGCGCGAGCUCGGGGGCGUCGGGGGCAAGCUCACGUGGCACCGGUGCGCGGGGGACAGCAAGGACCUGCUCAACUGGGGGCGCAAGGGAGAGGUGGCGACGUGGGAGCUCGCGGUGGAGGAGGGGGAGAGGCCGGCGUGCGCGCGCGAGGCGCUGGAGAGGGCGGCGGGGGGGUGGACGGUGGACUGGAUGGGACACGAGGGGUGCUAUCAGGCGUAUGGGUUCGAGAUUGAGUAUUAG